AUGGCGUCGAAGCCUUUCAAUGUCGCUGUUGUCGGCUAUGGCCUGUCCGCAAAAGGUGCGUGGAACUUUCUUGGAGACGCAAAAGAUAAUCAAAUGUCGGAAGAUACGAACAGUCAGAUGUCUCAAUGACUGACCAUUGACCUUGCCUCGUCGAGUAGUCCUGGCGUUGUUUGCUGAUUCUGACUAGUCUUUCACAUCCCACUCGUUCUCGCGUUGCCAAACAACUUCAAGCUGUAUGGAAUCGUGCAGCGUUCGCCGAAACCAGGUGAUGACGCUGGACAAGACCACGCCGGUAUCAAAAGCUGGCGCUCCGUUGACGAGGUCUACACAGACCCUGAUGUAGACGUCGUAAUCGUCACGAGCGUCCCGGAAACGCACUUCGACAUGUGCAAGUCUUCUCUUGAGGCCGGAAAGAACGUCGUCGUUGAGAAGCCCUUCGUACCAACUGCGAAGGAAGCUGGCAAGUUAGCUGAAAUCGCUAAGAAGACUGGAAAGAAACUGGCUGUGUAUCAGAAUCGCAGAUGGGAUGCUGAUUUCUUGACGCUCAAGAAGAUUCUGUCUGAGGGUAGUUUUGGUGAGAUUGCUGAGUUUGAGACUCAUUUCGAUCGCCAUCGACCUGAUCCGCCGCCGACUGAGAGCUGGAAAAGCGUUGAUGCACCUGCUCAUGGAAGUCUGUAUGAUCUGGGCACGCAUUUGAUCGAUCAGGUGUACCACUUGUUUGGCAUGCCGAAGAAGGUUACGGGGUUUGUUGGGAGACAGAGACGUGGUGUUACAGGUGGUGCGCCGGACUCUUUCACUGCGCUUCUCCAUUACGACGGGCCGUUGCUUGUGACUGCCAAGGCUGGUGUGGUAAGCCCUGAAGAGGAACAGCUAAGAUACUGGGUCAAGGGAACGAAGGGAAGUUUCAAGAAGGUAUAUACAGUCGCCCUACUCUAUAAUCCACCACAUCUACUGAUGUCUGUAAUAGUUCCACCUUGACGUCCAAGAAGACCAGCUGCGCCUCCAUGGUAUCAGACCAGGCCAAAAGGAUUUCGGCGUCGACCCAGAGUCCCACUACGGCACUCUCAUCACCGUUGCGUACGAGAAGGCCAAGCCCGUCGUUCAGAAGUACCCUACCGUUCAGCCAGCGACGUACGUGGAGUACUAUCGUAUCUUUGCCGAUGCGUUGAAGGGUAAGGGCGACGUGCCUGUAAAGGCGGAAGAUGCACGAGACGUUCUACAGAUCAUUGAGGCCGUUGAGUUGAGCUCGCAGGCAGAGAAGACGGUCCACCUUUGA